AUGGAAAUCUCGAAUUGGUCUGCCCCUUUUGGAUGUGAGCCAUCAUCGAUUCCAUUUACUUACUUGGGUAUCCCUGAUGGUGAGAAUAUGAAUAAAAAGAAUGCAUGGAGGCUGAUCAUUGAAAAGUUCCACUCCAAGUUGUCUACGUGGAAAGUGAAAGCAUUAAGCUUUGGUGGUAGAGUAACACUUGCAAAUGCGGUGUUGGGUAAUCUCCCAACAUAUUUUAUGUCUAUAUUUGUAAUCCCAAAUGGCGUUCUAGACACACUUGAAAAAAUUAGGAGGAAAUUCAUUUGGUGUAGAGAGUAUAACAAAAAGAGUAUUUAUUGGGUCAAAUGGGAUAAAAUUAUAGCACCAAAGAAGGUUGGAGGCAUUGGGCUUGGGUCCAUUAAAGCUACGAAUAUUUCUUUGUUAGCCAAAUGGAUGUGGCGCUUGAAAGCGGAUGAAUCCUCUAUGUGGUCCAAAGUAAUUCGAAGUAUCCAUAAUCUAGAAGGGAGGCAUUGGUGUGUUUUCGCUAAUAGAUCCAACACCGGCGUGUGGAAAAAUAUUAUAAAAACACGAAAUCGUUAUAUGCAAUAUAACAUUGAUCCAAAGGAAAUUGUGUCCUGGAAUUCAAUAGAUCGGUGUUGGGAAUCUGACAUUGUGAGAGAUGGAAGGUUUAUGGUCUGUCUGUUACGGGAGAGAAUAGAAUUGGCGGGAUAUAUCGUCAACGACGGACCAUUUGCUUGGGAUAAGUUGACUCCCUUUAAGAUUCUAUGUUUCAUCUGGAGAGCAAAACUCGGUAGAAUUCCAUCUGCUGUGGAAUUAAAAAACAGGGGUAUCAUAAUUCCAAAUACUAUGUGUGGUGUAUGCAAUUCAGAGGAGGAGACAUGCGAACAUAUUUUGUUAACUUGUCCUGUGGCGAAGGAAAUAAUGGAUUCGAUACUGGUGUGGUGCGAGAUUAGAUGUGACAGAUUUCUUUCGGUGGAUAAUAUGCUCUUGUUCAUCUCACGGUGGUCGAAGUGUAAAUAUAAAAGAAGACUGCUCAAUGCAAUAUUAUGUGGAGCUUUAUGGUUCAUAUGGAUGGAUAGGAACAAAAGGAUUUUUGAAAAAAUUCCAAUAGUUUCGGCGAACACGUGGAAAGAAUAA